UCGAACCAUUGCCUAUCCAUCUCCUUACAUUCAAUUGAUUGAAGUGCCUCUCCAUUGUCAAUAAUCGGGUCACGUACCCUAGCACCUCCGGUUGAAGUCAAUGAUCUGAGCCGACCCAGGGAAACCAUCGAGACUUUGUGCAGCGCAGACACUCAAUCUCAACGAAGCCUUGGCCAUUGGGGGCGGCGAGACACCUGCACCGGCCGAUGAGGCGUUAGCCUCCUCCCAAAUCUCCUGCUAUGGAGCACCCUGCUUCGUCCACGCCCUUGCGCGUGUUGGUGAGACCACCACCACCACCUCCUCCCACCUCUUCCUCCUCCUCUUCUGCGGCAUCCUCUUCCUCCCAUUCCCUCCCUCCCAACUCCACCCAACCCAACCCACCUUCUUCUGUCCAAAACAACGACGGCGUAAUAGUCAUAGGUCUCAUUGGCCGCGACCCAGAUGAGGCAACGCAGCUGCUCAACCGAAUUCUCGAUGCCAACGUCUUCGGAUCCGGAAAGCAGGACAUCGACAUCCAUGCCGACCUCAGGAACAGUGAGAACGAUGGUGGGGAGUCGAUCUCCGACUGGUUUCGGAGCAGAAGGAUCAGUUACUACUUCGAAAAGGAGAAGGGGAUCGUCUUCCUGCUGCUCUCGACGUCCGGACGACGUCAUUGUGCGAGCGGUUCCGCGUUCGAAGAGUGCGAGUCCGAUGACCUUCGUGGGAUUCUAGUCUUGUUUUUGGUUUGCCAUGUUAUCAUGUUUCUAAACGAAGGAUCCCACUUCGAUACGAAUUUGUUGAAGAAAUUUCGGCUGCUUCAAUCUGCUAAACACGCAUUGGCUCCAUUUGUGAAAUCUCAAAUUACGAUUCCCAAGUCUUCUUCGUCUUCCUUUUUGUUGUCAUCAUCACAGCAAGCUAAUUUAGGAGCCAAAUCAUCUAAUAAAUCCCCAAGCAGACCUGCGGCAACCGGCGGCCGGCAUGCAGCUUCAGUUUCGCUCAUGUCGGGAUCUUACUCGUCACUGUUUCCCGGGCAAUGUGCUCCUGUUCUUCUUUUCAUCUUUGUCGAUGAUUUCUCAGACUGUGCCAGUUCUGGAUUGCAAGCUGAGGAUCAGACGGAUGAGUUGUCGUCUGCAAAUCAAUCUGGCGGACCUGUUGGACUGUUGAGAGGCAAUGUGUCUUCAAAUCCUUCAACUUCUGUAGUAAUGUUAUCUCGUCCAGCAAGUAAGAGUGAAGGUGGUUUCAGGAAGAAAUUACAGUCAUCUCUUGAUGGCCAGAUCCGAUUCUUGAUUAAGAAAUGCCGACCAUUGAGUGGAGGUGCCACAGAAGGUGGACAUUCCGGCUCCAGCAUGGGCUCGAGAGGAAUGGGGCAUGGGGGUUCAGGAGCUGGAAUUGGAGGUGCGUUGUUUUCUAUUGAUGCUACAAGGGCUGUGGCUCUUCUAGAGAGGUCAACAAACCAUAAAGGGGAGUCCUUGAAUUUUGUCACUGAUCUCAUUGACCAGGUGUUGGAAGGAAAGGCUUCCUUGGAUAUUCUUCAUCUUGAGAAUAAUAGCCACAAUCCAUAUAAAGAGGAUGUUCAAUCGAUCAGAGAAUUUAUAUACAGGCAAUGUGAUAUUCUCAGGGGCAGAGGAGGGUUAUCAAUGAAUCCAAGUAGUGGCUCUGCUGCUGGUGUUGGUAUGGUAGCUGUUGCAGCUGCAGCUGCAGCUGCUUCUGCUGCAUCUGGAGGCAGUAGCGUUGGUGUUGGUGGUGGUUCAACAAAGGCAAUUUGCAAUCCUCCUGAACUUCCAAGCCUUGAGAACUGGUUGUCAGCAACUCAGCUGCUUCUAGAUGCAUUAAUAUCUGUAAAACACAACGUUGUGAAGGAAAAGGAGGAUUUUGCUUUUGAAUCUGACCGGUCAGGUGACAUGAGUAGGCCCAUUCAGUCGAAUAGGAAAGAAGUUACCUCCAGUGGAAGAGAUGCAAUUAAUGCUGCUAUAUCAUGUCUGGAAGGUGGUAAAGGACUAAAUAUGAAAUUUUCAGUUGGAUGGUGCCAGAAGGCUCUUCCAGCUGCUAUACAAGUUUAUAUGGGAGGAUUGCCACCUUGUUAUCCAACUACAGUUCAUGAGGAGCAUUUAGAGAAGGCCUUGCGUGCAUUUUUCUCAAUGGUGAAAGGAUCAGCAGUACAAAUGUUUUCUGAAAAGCUGAAAGAAGAAUGUAACUCCAUAUGGAAAUCUGGGAGGCGGCUGUGUGAUGCAGUCAGUUUAACUGGAAGACUGUGUAUGCACCAGAAACAUGGAGUUGAGCAUGAGGACGCAACGUCACUCGUGUCUCAAAAUUCAACCAUUUGUGACCUUGAUGUUGAUGCAAAAUCAGAUGCUUCUCUCAAGAAACAUUGCAGUGGUUAUGUUUUCCUUCAUGCCUGUGCCUGUGGCCGUUCAAGGCGUAUUCGUGAGGAUCCUUUUGACUUUGAGAGUGCCAAUGUUGCUUUCAAUCAUUUUCCAGACUGUGAAAAUAUUCUUCCGUCACUUUCUCUGCCCACUCUUACUGAGAAUGGCCCUUUCAAAACUUCAGCAUGGAGCCUUAUUCGCUUGGGAGGUAGUAGGUAUUAUGAACCUACAAAAGGAUUGGUCCAGAGUGGAUUCUGCAAAACUAGGAAAUUCCUGUCAAUAUGUACAAUAGCUCCUAAUAGGCAAGGUAAUAUAAAUGGAUUUUCAAUGGGAAGCACAAGGAAAGCACCAAUGUCCUCGAGCUCAAAAUCAGAUCCCAAGAUUCAGUCGGUUCCUGAGGUGGUUAACAAUCUGCCAUUGCCAGUGGAAGGUCAAAAGAAAGGAGCAGGCAGCAUUUCGUCAGGUGACCAGAGGAUAAGUUUUGGUAGAGGACUUCCUAUUCUUGAGAUGAAGAAACCUUUUACAGCUGCAAUUACUGGUACUCUGGAUCAAGAUUCAGCAUUUCCUCCUCUUCAACAACGGAAACAAUCAGGAACAGGCAUGAAACAAAAUGUUGAGAAGGUUCAAAAAGAGAAUGAAAGCCCUGGAAAUGCUGGAAAUCAGUGGAAUUUGAAAAGGAAUGAAGUUCCCAUCCAGGAAAACUCACAGAGUAAUGAGAGUGCCUGCCAGAUGGAAGACAGCCCAUUCCUACAGAUAGGAAGCAAUGUGGUGCCAGUCUUUCUGAAUGGCAGUAAAAAGGUCCAACCUGCUAACUCUUUGAAAUAUGCAAUUGUAUACAUUGGCUUUGAGCAUGAAUGUCCGCACGGGCACCGUUUUUUACUGUCAGCUGAACAUUUAGAACUACUUGGUGCUCCAUAUUCAUCAUCUGAUGAUGCAAUAACCUCUUCGAUUGAAAACUCACAAAACCAGUCUACAGCAGUUGUGAAUCAGGGGAAGGGUCAUAAACAAGAAAAGGUUCAUUUGCAUACAGUAAGAAUGGAAAAACCUGCUGUAAAUAGGUCAAAGGGGAUGAUUUUAGAACACGAUCAAUUGAAAGAACAUGGCCAAUCAUUGAUGGUUCCUGCUGCACUUCCUAGAUUUUGGAAAGACUUUGAUGAAUCUCUUCAAGAUACUAUCGUCAAUGAUGGCACUGAAGGGUGUAUUCUUUUGAACAGACAUUUGCCUAUAUAUAUGAAAUGUCCAUACUGUGGGAUGGUCAAGAGCAAGAAGCGGUCGGAUGUGAAUUUUGCAGGCAUGAUUUCACAACUUCAACGCAUUUUCCUGGUUACACCACCAUUCCCCACAGUGCUAGCUACCUGCCCACUUGUACAAUUUGAGGCAUCUUUACUCCCACCAUCAGUUCAUGACCGUGAAAGUCAAUCAUGCUUUAGCCUCGGUUCCCAAGUUAUCUUGCCACCUGAAAGUUUUGUGACAUUAAGAUUGCCAUUUGUCUAUGGUGUACAACUAAAUGAUGGUGUCUCUCGGCCACUACAACCAUCCGAACAUCGGCCUGAAUCAACUGCCUGGAUUUGCAAGGGCACGGUCUUACAGGUUUUGUCCAAGGGAAACCUAUAGAUGUGAUGCUUCAUUAAAUCUGAAUUUUCAUAUCUCCAGGGGAUAUAUUAAUUCAUCCAAGGGAUCAUCUUGAAAUUCAGUGCCGUGUCAGCUUCCAGGGUGCUGCAGUUUACAACUGGACUGCUAGCUUGUCGCACUAGUGCACAGUGGAUGAAGAAAAGGUUGAAUGGAAAUUGACAGUCGUGAGCGACAUGAGAACACUCCAUUUAGAGGGUGGGGAAAGAUGGAUGACAAUUUGGAGUUGCAAAUCUUAGGCUGGGGGUGACGUACUUGAUUGCUGCAGAGGCUUGACUGCUCUCAAGAAAAGAAGAGGGAUGUCCAUAUAUGCGAGCCUAUCCUACUUUUGGUAUGUUGACUUACCAUGAAUGAAGCACAGGUCCACAAUUCAGGAACUUGUCUUUGGUGUUCUUCCUUACUGGGACUGCAACCAACAGUUACUAUUGCUUGCGGAAUAGAGUCAGUUACAGCUGGAAAAGUGCAAUUCAUAAUCUGCAUUUCAGCAACAUCUAGCUUUUCUGCCAGCACAAAAUUCGAAAAUGAGAAGUGGAAAUAUGUAAAAUGUUUCGUAAAUAAACAUUUUUGACUGGUGGGCAUCUGCCAAAGGAAGAGGUGAACUCAUGUAGUAAGAUAAUUUAACGGCAAGGGAUGGAUGAAUUUAGAGUUGAAGAAAUGAUCAAGCGCUUCUUCAUGUUGUUAGCUUUAUGCUUCCAUCUUAGCAGAUUUUCCUGGUCAAUAAAUUUGCAAAUUUAGCCAUGUAAAGGGACCUGUUAAAUAUUGGGAUCUCAGUAGCUUCAAGGGGCAUAGCGUAGCUGGUCAGGCUAGGGGCUUGUAUAAGGCAGGUCUCUAGUUCGAUUCUCGUGGGUAUUAUGCUCCUGUGUCUUAAGGUGGUAAGGUGCGACAUCCAAGUUGAAGAGUGCAUCGUUCUAUCAUUGUCAUCAACGCAGCUCAAGACCCUCGAGGCAGCAGGAAUGGGGGGGUUUUUUGGCCUCGCUUCGGGCGGUGAGACGAUCCUCUCGCUCACCCGAAAUAUUGGGAUCUCAGUGGAGAAGGUUAUCGUCUUCUUUUUAGGAUUGUUGUUUCAAACAACAUCAUGGAUGUGUUUUCAGGGAGAGGAAGAGCUCGUGGUAUCUUGUAAAUUUGAUUUUACUGAUAAAAAACAAAAAAAUUGGUGGUCGACAAUCAAAUUUAGGUCCACCAUGAAAGGGUUCUACUUGAAAACGAUGGGACUGUCGAUGCCCAUUUCAUUGGUUCUCUUGAGGUUGCUUAGAAGUUGGAAUAUUUUGUAAGUGUUUCAUGAAUCUGGUGUAAUAUUUGAGGUAUAAAAGACACUUAUAAAAUGUUGAUGUUGCCAAACGAUCCCUUAAAGUCCCCAUUGAAACUUAAAUGCAUAGCAUCCAGUUACAGCCA